UUACUGGAGGUUACGUACCACGGAGGAUACGUACCAGGAGGUUACGUACCAUUUUUGGAGAAAGCAGUAUGACGGAAUCAGCCCACUGUUUAGUUUGUUCUAAAGAAGUUACAAGAAGACAACAUGCUUUACAAUGCGACCAAUGUAAUAAUUGGCAGCAUCGUUUAUGUGGGACAGGAAUAACACAGUCAGAUUACAGGAUGAUGGUGCGUGGUGUUAUUGAGGUCGAGUGGAGCUGUAGCAUAUGCAAGUCUCCGGUUGUUGACAACUCACAAGAAGAAGAAGACCACCUUCAAAUUCCAGCAAUGUUACACGACAUUACGAGUGCUGAAUCUGACCUGAUGGAAGUCGAGCAACGGGUGACCACAGAUGAACUUGAAGAUCGACCACUUAAUAUACCUGAUAGGGAUGUUCAACGCCCUGCUAGAAUACUAGAUGUAUCAGUACGUGAACCACAUAUGGAUGAUGACGUCCCAGAAGAACAUGACAUUCAAUAUGAGCUAGUGGAAAAGGGAACCAAGAAAGGAGGGAAAAUGUUGACCGCAAGUAACGGGUAUUGUUUUAACGUAAAAGUGAGUAUUUAUCGUCAAAAGAAAAAAAAAUCAAAAAUCAUCAAGAUUAAAUUUUUAUCAUAUUAUUAAUA